AUGUUUCACAUGUUUGUUUUGUUCUGCUUGUGCUGGAGGCGUCUGUCUGGUGUGUUUGGUGAGUCUGUGUCAGUGAUAGAGGGAGAUUCAGUUACUCUAAAGACUGGUGUUGCUGAAAUAAAUGAAGAUGUUGAAAUGGUGUGGAAGUAUGGAGCUGAAAAGUCUCUUAUAGCUCAAAUCAGUGGAUUUGCUGGAAUCUUCUGCACAUAUGAUGUUCUUGAUGGCAGAUUCAGAGAUAGACUGAAGGUGGAUCAUCAGACUGGAUCUCUGACCAUCACGAACAUCAGAUUUGAACAUGCUGGAGAUUAUAUACUAGAUAUAAGCGAAGCAAAACAGACAUUUAAAACAUUCAGUGUGUCUGUUUAUGAUCGUCUGCCUGUUCCUGUCCUCAUCAGAGACUGUUCUUCAUCCUCAUCCCAGUAUAACUGUUCACUGCUGUGUUCAGUGGUGAAUGUGAGCGCUGUGAGUCUCUCCUGGUACAAAGGAAACAGUUUAUUGUCCAGCAUCAGUGUGUCUGAUCUCAGCAUCAGUCUCUCUCUACCUCUGGAGGUGGAAUAUCAGGAUAAAAACACCUACAUCUGUGUGAUCAACAACACCAUCAGCAACCACACCACACAUCUCAACAUCACUCAGCUCUGUCAACCAUGUUUGGGUAAAGUAGUGAUUACUUUCUGGAGUAGUUUCAGUAUUUGA